GCGACAUGUACGGGUAUUUGAGGUCUCGGACAGGUACCGAUAUAUAAUAAUAAUGGUCUCUCUGCGUGCGUAGGUCAGGUAUACACCCAUCAUCAUCAUCACCACCAUCGUCAUCUACCUGAGGACGACCAAGACCAAAGUGGCUCCAGUCGUCUCUGAUCCCUUGCAAGUGUCACACAGUCGACGAGAACACAUUGCCGUGUUUAGUAUCCGUCCGCGCGCAUUUCUCCCGAUCGACCGAUAUAGUGUGUAAUCCCGGCCAUGUGUCGUAUUUACGCGAUCGUCGUUGUUGCGGCGUUGUUCGCCGUACCGCACUGUUGCUGUGCGGCGAAAGACGUGGGCGACACGCUGCUGAAGAUGUUCCGCAUACAAACGAUCGAAAACCACACCGACGUCCAGAUACCCAGCUAUAUGUACGAGUUGUACGAAGACACCGGAAACAGGCAAUACGACGUGAUAAGGAGCAUUUCUCCGACGACGGAAUUGUUGGGCUCGUAUAGUCAGCUUGUUUAUGACCUGAGUACACUUGAACCCUCUGAAAUAGUCCAAAAAGCAGUCCUUCAGCUUGAACCUAACACGCAUCAUCAAUUUAGCAGAGCCAUAAAUGUAUCAUUUUUCGCUUUGCCUAAACAAACCGUAUCUAAAACGUAUUUAGGGUCAGGAACUAUACAUGGCACUUUAAAUUUGGUCAACAUUUUGGGUUCACAAACAUUAAACGACUUCGACCAGUUAGUCGUCCAAAUGGAAGGUGCGGUAAAAUUGUCAAUUGGACUCGUGUUGUAUUCGAUAACCAAUGCUAGUCAAUAUGCAAAAGGCAACGAAUUGGCGAACUUACUAUUUGAAACUACCGUUAAAAGACGUAAAAGGUCUAUUGCUGAUAAUGAAAUAGAAAUUAAGCGAAAUAAAUUCACGGAUGAACCAAAACGAAAGAAGAAGAAGCAAAAACUAUCACGACCCAAUAAACUACAGGCCGUGGACACGGGCGACACGAUCACGUUUACCAGCGUGGACCAGUGCCGAAUGGAGAAACUGGUGCUCAACUUCGCAGACAUCGGCUGGGAAGACUGGGUGAUCUACCCUAAAGGGUUCGAGACCAACUACUGCGCGGGCAGUUGCCUGUUCCCGCUGGGCAAGGGAUCUAAGCCCACCAACCACGCUACCGUGCAGAGCCUGGCCAGAUCGUUCGGUCGGUUGUGGGACCUGCCAGAACCGUCGUGCGUGCCCGACACGCUCGCUCCGCUCACUUUGCUCUACAUGGACCGGUCAAACCACGUGCUGCUCAAAAGCUACCCCGACAUGAGGGUGCUCACGUGCUCGUGCAAGUGAUUCGACUAUACCACGACCACGGUUAACAAUGUCGCAUGACAUGAUGUACCUCUGUAUACUAUCUUUAUGUUAGGCAUAUUCCUUCGAUGAUCCGACACACUCAAAUUUAACUAUAAUGUGAUCGUGUCAGAUAUUCCAUGUAUAUAUUAUAUACAUACAUAUAUAGUACCGCGGCGGUGAUCAGUUAUUAUCUACCGUGGCACGUUCUACGUUCAUUAUUUUUCUGAGUCAAACUUUGUGAUAUCGAAAAAUCUAUUAUAAAUUUAUAAGUACCUAUGUAGUUUGAAAUUUAUUCAAACGUACACUAAUAAUUAAAAAUCUAAAAAAAAUUCAGAGUCAAAGAAAUUUACAAGGUUUCCUUGUAAAAAUAUAUUCUUACUCACAAAUAUUGAAUUGGAAAAUUGGCGUGGACAUCGUUAAAUGGAUCACUUUAUACAAUAUGUAUAUUAUAAUAUGUAAUACCUAUGUAUAUUAUAUACAAUAUCGUAUUUUAGUAAUUCAUCUAUACAUGCUCUGCACAAUACAUCGAAAUAAUAAUAAAUUCAUUACGGUGAAUGAUAAAAAGAAAAAAUCAAUGUUACCAAACCAUGUGGUGAUUUGUACAGUUUAAGUUAGUGCAUAGUAGGUAUAAUAUAAAUAAAUAAUUGUCCAUUGCGCCAAUAUCUAUGAACUGUUAUUAUAUUAUAAAUGAUAUUUAUUGAAAAACUGUAAUGUUUAAUUAUCUAUUAUUAUUCUUAUUGUUUUCUCGAUGAGUGCAUAAGAAUAAUAAUAAAAUAAUAAAUAUUCUGCUACGUCACAUACAUAAGUAAUAAAUAAAUUACAUGAUAUUUAGAUAAUCUAAGUUUGCUCUCUUAAAACGGCGAAACGUUGGAUGUGCGACAUCUCGUUAUCGGAAAAGCGUCCGUUUUAUAUUUAUUUUGUUGUUUCAGACUUAAGUGACUGUGGUACACAAUUUUUUUUGGUUAUUAUCUAUCUCAGCAAAGUAUGCUUACAAUAAUAAUGUUACUUCGUUUUUAAAUUGUUUAUGUUAAAUGAAUUAUGAAUGUGACGUCGCAAUGUUUGAUGAUGAUAUGCAAAGGUUGUAUUAUUAUCAUACAGAUAUUUUGUCUUAUAAUACCAUGUUUUUAUAUAUUAUAAUAUGUUACAUUAUUACAUAAAGUUUAAGAUAAGUUGUAGUAUACUAUUUUUAAGCCACCUAAUUUUAGUAUGUUUAGGUAAUUAUUUUAUCAAAACAAAUUGAAUAAUAAAUGUAAAAUGUUAAUACCUAACAAUACAAUGUUUAAAUCUA